AUGCCUAAAACCUUAUCAGAUCUCAUCGGACCAAUUGGCAAACAAGAUAGGUUUCAGUCAUUUCAUACAUUACUCUAUUCCAUUGGGGAUAAAAUGAAAACUUUAAAUGUUUUAAUAUUUAUAGGUCAUCUCCUCUUUGGACUACAGUUGAAUUUCAUGUACUUGUUCAACUCAUCGAAGCUCAGCUGGAAAUCUAACAAAGUUCACGAUACAGUCCUUUAUAUCUUAAAUUGUGUAUUUUGUUUUACUCCUGGCAUAACUACGACAACUCAUUUAGAUUAUUUGGUCAUAUCUCUUCUAGUAUUCGUUGUUACUUACUUAAUUAUCAUUUCAACUUUAUUUAUAUUUUUGAAAUAUUCAACAGAUUAUCAACUGGAUAACGUAUAUCCACUCGGCAUUUGCAUCGUAGGACUCCAUGUAUUAUUAGUUCCCGCGUGUUACUCAGGUGUUACGUAUGCAUUUUCAAAUGAAUUCACAAGUCAUUACGGGAUGUUCAUUCUAUCGAUAUUUGUCAUCCUUUGCUCAUACGUGUCAACAUAUAUCGAGUAUUUCGUACAAUACGGCAUCCCAAAAAAAGAUUCAAUUUAUAAUUCGAAAACGAUCAUUUUUCGGUUUUCCUAUUCAAUAAUUUUACUCACAAUUCCGAUCUUUAACUUCUAUAUUACGAAUAGAAUCGCAAUUUUAGUGAUUAAUCUUAUUAUGCUUAUAUUGUCAAUUGUUUACAUAACUCAACAGUUCAGACUAUCAUCUCCGAGGAUGUUGAUGAGUUAUACACUGUCCUGCAUCGUUUUCAGCCUCCUCAAUUUGAUAAUUUUGAUUUUUGAUUUGGAUGGAGAGACGUACGUCUCAAUUUACAUCAUCGCGUUCAAUAUCGGGUUCCUCCUGAGCCUGCUGAUAUCGUAUUUCACCAAGGAAUACAAUUUACUCCCUUUUAGAGAAGUUAUUCAAACUCAUGAUUUCUCGAAAUUCGACAAACACUCGAUGUUUACACUCGAGAACAUCAUGACAGCGGCGAGUUCGCAAAUAGACAUCCCAAACGAGAUCCUAGAUUACUUGGCGUUGAGAAAUCCUUCAUCUUUCGUAUUUAA